AUGCCUGGUGUCCCUUCACCUGGAAUGAGAGGAGUUCCUUCCCCUGGUAUGAGAGCUGUUCCAUCUCCAGUCAUGAGAACUGGACCAUCUCCUGGAAUUCAAGGUCAAAACAUGCCAUCUGGUCCGCAAUCAGGAAUGCAUGGAGGCCCUUCACCACAAGGUAUGCAGCCAGGGAUGACGGGAAAUAACAGUGGAAACCCAGGAAUGAGCAGUGGACCUUCAAUGGGAAUGCAAGGUCAGUCACAAUCAAUGCCUGGCAUGCAACCUACAAAUAAUAUGGGCGUUCAUAAUAUGUCAUCUGGUCCUAUCAUGGGACCUGGUAUGAACAAUCCUAAUAUGCCUCCUGGUGGAAUGAAUCCGGGAAUGAAUGGACCACCAGUAAUGAAUAUGGGUCCAGGCACAGGUGGACCUAAUACUACUAUUGGACCUAACAUGCCUCCUAACAAUAUGAAUGAUCCUAAUUCUAAUAUGCCUCAAGGUGGACCAAGUGGAAUGGGAAUGAAUACGAUGAAUCCUAGUGGUAUGAAUAAUGGUCCACCAACUAGUCUCCCACCCUCAACUGGUGUACCAAAUGUACAAAGUGCUGCUAUGGGACCACCUAAUCAAUCUAUUGAUGGUACUCAAGGUGGGAUGCCAAGAACUACAUCCUUCGCUACUCCACAGUUACAUCAACUACGAGCACAGAUCAUGGCUUAUAAACUAAUCUCAAGAAAUCAACCUAUCCCAGAAUCUUUGAGAUUAGCUGUAGAAGGAAAGAGAUCCUUAGGUCCAUUUCCUAGACAAGGUGACAUGCAUCAACAGAUGAGACUGGGACCGAAUCAAGGACCUCAAGGACAUCCUCAGAUGCAAACAAUGGGGAGACCCCCUCAAUCUUUGGAUGGAUCUAGUACUACAGAUACAACCCAACCUACUGAAGGAGAUGGUACAAAACCACCAACAUCCGGCACACCUCAACCCCCUUCAAAUCAACCCCCACCACCCCCGUCAGUACAAGCUAUGAUGGCUCUUCAACAGAAACAGAACCGUGUGGCUCCUGUAGAAAAGCCUAAAGGUCUUGACCCUCUUGAACUUCUAAAUGAAAGAGAAAACAGGGUUUCGGCAAGGAUCAGUCAGCGUAUUCAAGAAUUAUCUAAUUUACCAGCCACUAUGUCUGAUGAUAUUAAAGUUAAUGCUAUGAUAGAAUUGAGAGCUUUAAGACUACUGAAUUAUCAGAGAACUCUAAGAGCAGAAGUUGUAGCCUGUAUGAGAAGAGACACAACCUUAGAAACAGCAUUAAAUACCAAGGCUUAUAAACGCAACAAACGGCAAUCAUUACGUGAAUCAAGGGUUACAGAAAAACUAGAAAAACAACAGAAGGUUGAACAUGAGAGAAAGAGAAGGCAAAAACAUCAGGAAUAUUUGAAUGCAGUAAUGCAGCAUGCUAAAGACUUUAAAGAAUUCCAUCGUAAUGUACAAGCUAAGAUUGGUAAAGUUAAUAAAGCUGUUACAACUUAUCAUACUAAUACUGAAAGAGAACAGAAAAAGGAACAAGAAAGAAUUGAGAAAGAACGUAUGAGACGUUUGAUGGCUGAAGAUGAAGAGGGCUAUAGAAAGUUGAUUGAUCAGAAGAAAGAUCAUCGUUUGGCCUAUCUUUUGGAUCAAACUGAUGAAUAUAUCUCUAAUAUUACCAAGUUAGUUGUUUCACACAAAGAAGAUUUGAGAAAGAAAAAGAAGGAAAUGAGAGUCAAGAAGAAGAAAAAGACACCAAAGCUUGAGGAAGGGGCUGAAGCCCAGCCAGUAGAGCAACCAACAGACGAAUCAUCUAACCUGAGUAAUCCUGAGAAACGUGUAACAGUGGUCCAUACAGCUACUGGUAAUAUUCUAUCUGGGGAUGAUGCACCACUAGCUAGAGAUUUAGAUGAAUGGAUGGAACGUAAUCCAGGGUAUGAAGUACAAGAUGAUGAAGAUGAUGAUGAAGAAGAAGAAGAAUCAGAAGAAAAUGAGAGUGAUGAUGAACCAAAAAUGCCCAAGAUAGUCAAACCAGCAAGAGAUGAUGAUGAAUACAAUGUAGACAGUGAAUCAUUGAACUAUUAUGGUAUAGCCCAUACCAUUAGAGAAAAGGUUACAGAACAACCUUCUAUUAUGGUUUAUGGUAACCUCAAAGAAUACCAGAUUGCUGGAUUAGAAUGGUGUGUAUCACUAUAUAAUAACAAUCUAAAUGGUAUAUUGGCUGAUGAGAUGGGCUUAGGUAAAACUAUCCAGACCAUAGCUUUGAUUACAUAUUUGAUGGAGAAGAAAAGAGUCAAUGGACCAUAUCUUAUUAUAGUACCAUUGUCAACGUUAUCCAAUUGGUUGAUGGAGUUUGAUAGAUGGGCACCGUCAGUAGUUAAAAUAGCCUAUAAAGGUUGUCCUAUGACUAGAAGAUGUUUAUCUGGAACUGUUAAAUCAGGCAAAUUUAACGUUUUACUGACCACUUAUGAAUAUAUUAUCAAAGACAAGGCUGUGCUUUCUAAGCUACGUUGGAAGUACAUGAUAAUAGAUGAAGGCCAUCGAAUGAAGAAUCAUCAUUGUAAAUUAACAUGUAUAUUAAAUAGCUAUUAUGAAUGUCCUCAUAGACUCUUACUGACUGGAACACCCUUACAGAAUAAAUUACCUGAAUUAUGGGCUUUAUUAAACUUUUUACUGCCAUCUAUAUUUAAAUCUGUCAGUACAUUUGAACAGUGGUUUAAUGCUCCAUUUGCUUCUACUGGAGAAAAGGUUGAAUUGAAUCAAGAAGAAACAUUGUUGAUUAUCAGACGUUUACAUAAAGUCUUACGUCCAUUCUUAUUGAGAAGAUUAAAGAAAGAAGUCGAGUCUCAGUUACCUGAUAAGGUUGAAUAUGUUAUAAAGUGUGAAAUGUCUGCUCUUCAAAGAUUAUUAUAUAAACACAUGCAACAUAAAGGAGUUGUUCUCACUGAUGGCUCAGAGAAAGAUAAAAAGGGUAAGGGUGGUACCAAGACACUCAUGAAUACCAUCAUGCAGUUGCGUAAAAUCUGUAACCAUCCCUUUAUAUUUCAACAUAUUGAAGAAGCUUUUGCUGAACAUAUUGGCAUACAGGGUGGUAUAAUUAAUGGACCAGAAAUUUAUAGAGCAUCAGGAAAGUUUGAAUUAUUAGAUAGAAUCUUACCUAAAUUACGGGCACAGAAACAUCGUGUUUUAAUGUUCUGUCAGAUGACAGCCUUAAUGAGUAUUCUAGAAGAUUUCUUUGUGGCAAGAGGGUUCCGAUAUCUAAGAUUAGAUGGUAUGACAAAGAGUGAUGAUAGAGGACAUUUAUUAGAGUUAUUUAACAGUCCUAAUUCUCCCUAUUCAAUCUUCUUACUAUCAACAAGAGCUGGUGGAUUAGGCUUAAAUUUACAGACAGCUGAUACUGUUGUUAUCUUUGAUUCUGAUUGGAAUCCUCAUCAGGAUUUACAAGCUCAAGAUCGUGCUCAUCGUAUUGGACAAGAGAAAGAGGUACGAGUAUUAAGAUUGAUGACAGUGAAUUCCGUGGAAGAGAGAAUUCUGGCAAAGGCUAGAUAUAAGUUAAAUGUUGAUGAGAAAGUUAUUCAAGCUGGUAUGUUUGACCAGAAAUCUACAGGUAUGGAAAGACGUCAUUUCCUCAACUCACUUUUGACACAAGAUGAUGAAAAUGAAGAGGAAGAAGAUGAAGUGCCAGAUGAUGAAACUGUUAAUCAAAUGAUAGCUAGAUCAGAAGAAGAAUUUGAAAUUUAUCAGAAAAUGGACAUAGAAAGAAGAAGAACAGAAUCUAGAGAAGGACAUCGUAAACCAAGAUUAAUAGAAGAAACUGAGUUACCAUCAUGGAUGGUGAAAGAUGUAUCAGAAGUUGAUAGAUUGACAUGUGAGGAAGAAGAAGAUAAAUUAUUUGGACGUGGAUCAAGAUCAAAGAAAGAAGUUGAUUAUUCUGAUGCUCUCACUGAAAAACAAUGGUUAAGGGCCAUUGAAGAUGGUAGUUUAGAUGAUAUUGAAGAUUCUCCUCCAGCUAAAUCGCGUAAACCCAGAAAACGUAAAGGUGAAGGUAAAGAUGCUGAUACGCCUAAAAAACGACGUGGAAGACCUCCUGUAGAAAAACUAGCUCCAAAUCCACCCAAACUUACUAAAUUAAUGAAGAAAAUUCUAGAUGUUGUUACUAAAUAUAAAGACAAUGAUGGUAGAGUGCUAAGUGAUAUGUUUUUAACAUUACCACCAAAGAAAGAAUUACCUGAAUACUAUGAAAUCAUCUGUAAACCUAUUGACUUCAAGAAAAUUAGAGCUAAGAUAAAGGAUCAUAAGUUUCGCUCUGUAGAUGAUUUAGAAGAAGAUGUGAUGUUAUUAUGUUCUAAUGCACAGAGUUUUAAUCUAGAAGGUUCUAUGAUAUAUGAAGAUUCAAUUGUACUACAGUCUGUAUUUACCAACGCAAGAGAGCGGCUAGAGAAAGAAUUCAAUAUGGCUUCCACUGCUGGUACAAGUGAAGAAAGUGGGUCUGAAGAAGAAGAGGAGGAGGAAGAAGAGAGACCAGUGAAAAAAUCACGUAAAAGUGAAACCAGUAAAAAGAAAAGUACACCAGAAGCCUCAGAUGAGAGGUCUAGUGGAAGUCGUAAAAGAUUAACAAGGACAGCGAAAGUUAAACCUGUUAUAUCAGAUGAUGACUCUGAUGAAAGUGUAUAAAUUGAAGAAAGAUGUUGUAAAUAGAAGUUAGUAGUUGUAGAAACAUGUACUUCUCCUUAUUUUAAUCUAUCUAGAUCUUUAUUCACUUUGACUCAUUAUUACAACCAGUCACCUGUUUUUAUAUAUUAAAAAUCAAACGGCAUUUAUAGAAUAAUUGUCAAUACUUCGUUAAGUAGUGUAGUUUGUGAAUUUUUUUUCAGAAAUAUCAUUUAUUCCAUGUUCAUUUGAUAUUGUACUUCAUUUUAUGAAUCAUUCUUUCACAUUAAAUAUUAGGAAUUUCAAAACUCUAGUCUUGCAUAAUUUAAAAUUUAUUAAUGAAUAAAAUCUGGCAUUUCGUUUAAAAGACUUCUUUUGCGGAAGUCUUGAAUCAUAACCUAGUAUUUAUUCUGAUCACAAUUUCAGUUUUCACAUGUAUUUAUUUACUGACUACAGGGAAACAAAAGUCCAUAGAAUGAGCGAAAGUAGACACUGUCGGAACUUUCAUUCAUGGGAAAGCCUCAAAUUUCACAAGAGAAUAUUUUUUUCUGCUAUAUUUGUGUGGUGCUAAUUCAAUUUCACAUUAAUAGUUUCAUGAAUUCAUUGGCUUAAUAUUUGAAUCAUCAAUGUUUGUGCAUUGCUAGUGCUUCAGUUGCAAUUAUAUAUCCUAUGGCUGUUGAAUUAAAUAUAAUAUACCAUUACAUU